GAGGAAAAGGUAGUGACAAUUUUGAUCCGUCGACGUUACUUUCAUGGACUCAUCACACGUUUUUAUGCGGAUGCGCAUUCACCUCUAAGAAUGGCCACCAUUGUCGCAAACGGAGAGUAAAAGUCAUUUUACCGAAUAAAAAUCUUUGCCCAUUCACAUAAUAAACAUGGAGCUACCUCCAUCAAUUUUCGUAUCCCACACAGCGAUAAAGAGUAUGGCACAGCUGUUGGGAACUAAGCCUGUUUUAUCAACAGUACUGCCAGUUUUUAUCCGGGGAAAAUAUCAUCCAACAAGCAUCUCAGUGGAUUCAUCAAGCCCUUACUCGCCUCCUAAGCCACUGCAGAUUUUCACACCAUCCGAGCACGGCAUCUACCCCGUCAUCUUGUUCUUCCAUGGCUUCUACCUCUAUAACUACUUCUACACUGACCUCCUUCGGCACAUAUCUUCUCAUGGAUUCAUAAUUGUAGCUCCUCAGUUAUUCAAUAUUAUGCCUCCUAGUGGACCGGACGAGGUUGAAUCUGCAGCAAAAGUGGCAGAUUGGUUACCAUCGGGCCUGCCAUCCGUACUCCCUGGAAAUGUUGAAGCAAACCUAGUGAAGCUUGCUCUUGUAGGCCACAGCAGAGGUGGGAAAACAGCAUUUACACUAGCACUUGGACUUGCCAAUACUAACCAAAACUUCUCUGUUCUAGUCGGUAUUGACCCUGUUGCCGGCAAUUCAUUUUGCCAAAUUAAUCCCAAAAUCCUGACCUAUAUCCCUUGUUCUUUCAAUAUAUCAAUCCCCGUCACCGUCAUUGGUACCGGCCUAGGUCCUGAGUCCAAGGGCUGCAUGCCGAUGCCACCUUGUGCGCCUAAAGGAGUGAACCACGAGGAGUUUUUCAACGAGUGCAAGCCUCCAUGCGCUCAUUUUGUUGCCACAAACUAUGGCCACAUGGAUGUGUUAGAUGAUGAUCCAUCGGGACUUGUUGGGAGAUUUUCUGAUUGUAUGUGCGUAAAUGGUAAAGGUCCUAGAGAUCCCAUGAGGAGAUGCGUUGGUGGUAUCAUUGUUGCAUUUCUGAAUAAUUAUUUUGAAGGAGAGAAAGUGGAUUUCAUGACCAUCGCGAAUGAACCUUAUGUUUCUCCUGUGAAGCUUGAUCAAGUUAAGUUCAAUAUUGAAGGCUGUGACUAAAAAGAUCUUUUUUUUUAUUAUUGGUUAGUGGUUGCAAUCACAAAUAAAAAUGUCCAUUACACACUUCAUACAUAUCAUAAAUUAUAUCAAUAGAGGAAAACAAUAAAAAAA